CAUGCAGGUGAUGACCAUUCAGACUGGCAGUGGGCAGGCCAGGGCUGGUAGCAAGUCAUGUGAAAGGCCACAGACAGUCUUCCUGCCUGCCCCAGGCUUGAGGGCGGCAUUUCCCCUGCCUGGCCCCCACUCACUACACAGCAUAGUAGGUUCCGGUGCUGGAGUCUGGCUAGGGUUCUGCUGCUACCCAGUCUUGGGCCAACUGCCUCACUUCUCUAAGCUCUGAGUUCUCUUUUCCAUAUAUAAUCCCAACCUCCUGGAGAAUUCCCUGGCGGUCCAGUGGUUAGGGCUUUCACUGCAGUGGCCCGGGUUCAAUCCCCUGUGGGGGAACGAAGAUCCCGCAAGCUGCGUGGCGUGGCCAAAAAAAUAAAUAAAUAAACCAACGUCCUGGAUUUAUGUUUGGAAUGAGAGCAAGAGACCAAGCAUUAAUUUACAAGGUAUUAUUUUCCUUUUUUUCUUUUUUUUUGGCCGCGCCGUGCGGCUUGUGGGAGAUUUGUGGUAUCUUAGUUCCCCUGACCAGGGAUGGAACCCAGCGCCACGGCAGUGAAAGCACGGAGUCCUAACCACUGGACCACCAGGGAAGUUCCCAAGCAUUAAUUUAGUGUCUCCUAUAUGCCACGUCCUGUUAUGAAUAUUUAUUAACUUAGUAAUUCCUUUCAAGGACCCUAUGAGGUUAAUACUAUUAAUAUUCCCUAUUUAACAGAUGGGCAAAUGGGCAAAUUGAGGUUAAAGCACUGACGCAAGGUCAAACAGCGAAGAAGUGGCAGAGGAAGGAGUUUAACCCAGAACCUCAGGCUUCAGAAGUCAGUGAUCUAAACCACUACAUAUACAACAUAACGUACAUACUAGAGGCAUGCAGCAAUAAAUUGAGGUCCUUGAACAGUUCCUGGGAGUAUCAAGAGGGCCCAGUUCUUCCUUGCUUUUUCACUUGUUUCCGUUGUCCAUCUGUCCUGGGCCACUCCUUUUAGCCUUACCCUGCCCAACCCUCCUGGCCUCACCCUCCCUCUGACAGCAAAGGGUCAGCCAGGUUUUUAUGGGCUCUGGUAAGGCCCUUGAAGGGCCAAAGUUCGCCAGCACUUCCUCUUUGCAGAAGGGCCUAGAGGAGGCGGUCCUGAGCUGAGUACCCCAGGCCUGGCCCAGAAGAUCUGGGUUCCGGCUGGUUACCAGUGAGGCUGGUAUAAGAGCCACCCACCAGCCGCUGUCUGCCGCCAUUCCCUACUCCUGCAGCUCUUCUCACCGUAGAAGCCACCAGCCCAGCCUCUCAAGAUGGCCUUUGUUCCUGCACCAGGCUACCAGCCCACCUACAACCCGACGCUGCCCUACCACAGGCCCAUCCCAGGCAGUCUCAGAGUUGGAAUGUCCAUUUACAUCCAAGGAGUGGCUAGCGAGCAUAUGAAGAGGUUCUUCGUGAACUUCGAGGUGGGACAGGGCCCAGAGGCAGACGUCGCCUUCCACUUCAAUCCCCGCUUUGACGGCUGGGAUAAGGUGGUCUUAAACACGAGGCAUAAUGGCAACUGGGGCAAGGAGGAGAAGAAAAGGAGCAUGCCCUUCAGCAAGGGUGCCGCCUUCGAGCUGGUGUUCAUGGUCUUGGCCGAGCACUACAAGGUGGUGGUAAAUGGGAAUCCCUUCUAUGAGUUUGGGCACCGGAUCCCGCUACAGAUGGUCACCCACCUGCACGUGGAUGGCGACCUGCAGCUUCAAUCAAUCAACUUCAUCGGAGGCCAGCCCGCCCCAAACCAGAUACCCAUGCCUAAUCUGACGUACCCAGGUCCCGGGCAGUGCUACCAAGAGCCAAGUAACCUCCCUACCAUGGAAGGACCCCCAACCUUCAACCCGCCUGUGCCAUUUAAUGGAAGACUGCAAGGGGGGCUUACAGCCCGAAGAACCAUUAUUGUCAAGGGCUACGUACCCCCCACAGCCAAGAGCUUUGUCAUCAACUUCAAGGUGGGAUCCUCAGGGGACCUGGCUCUGCACAUUAACCCCCGGCUGAAUGAGGGCAGCGUGGUUCGGAACAGCUUUCUGAAUGGCUCAUGGGGAACUGAGGAAAGGAAGGUCUCCUACAACCCGUUUGGUCCUGGACAGUUCUUUGAUCUGUCCAUUCGCUGUGGCAUGGAUCGCUUCAAGGUGUAUGCCAACGGCCAGCACCUCUUCGACUUCUCCCAUCGCCUUUCGGCCUUCCAGAGGGUGGACAUGGUGGAGAUCCAGGGUGAUGUCACCUUGUCCUAUGUCCAGAUCUGAUCUAUAUCUGGGGCCAUAACCCCUGGGAACACAGAGGAAGAUCCUGUAGGACUCCUUUCUAAGCCCCUAAUAAAAUGUCUGAAGGUGUCUUGUGAGUGUACACGACCCCGUUC